AUGGCUGAUAUUUUGAACAUUGUCGGUGAGCCGAUCUUUGACGAUCGCAUCGUCAAGUUUGAAUUUCAUACGUACAAUCCAUACGCCAAUACAACGUUUGGACAUAGCGACGAGAUACGAAUACCUAUACAGCAGCAGGAUUUAUACACGUUGCCAUGCGAAAGUUUUCUCUACAUUGAAGGAAGAUUGACUGUGAAGAAGAAGGAUGAUGAGACGCCAACAACGCUUGGAAAUAAUUGCAUAGCGUUCAUGUUUGAUGAAAUUCGGUAUGAACUCAAUAGUGUGGAGAUUGAUCGCAACAGAAAUGUUGGAAUUACCAGUACCCUCAAGAACUAUGUAUCGUUGACAUCCGACAUAACGGAAGGUUACUUUAACUUUUGCGUACCGCUCAACAUGCUGUUGGGCUUUUGCGAGGAUUACAAACGCGUGAUUGUUAACGCUCGUCAUGAAUUGAUUUUGAUACAAGCGCGCAACGAUAACAAUUGUAUACUGGGAAAUUCAGCGACGGAACCGGAGCUUGAACUGAUCAAAGUGCAAUGGCGAAUGCCUCAUAGUACGACGAAACAUUCAUGGGCUGUCAAAACGGCGACUCAACUCGAGAAGCCGCGUUACGUUAUCUUUGCUCUUCAGACCGGUCGAAAGAAUAUCAUGUCUCAAGAUGCGAGCGUGUUUGAUGAUUGUAAAUUGAGUAAUGUGAAGCUUUAUCUCAAUUCAGAGUUUUAUCCGUACGGUGAUUUGAAUCUCGAUUUCGACCAAAAGGGAUACGCUCUCCUGUUUGAUAUGUACGCGCGUUUUCGUAAGGCAUAUUACGGAAUCGACUGCUUCGAAACGCUGCUCAAUGUACUUUCGUUUAUCGAGAAAGGACCUUUGCUGUCAUUGACUGCUCGCGACAAAACGAAUCCGUCAAGAGCGCUACCGUGGAUGUACGAAUAG